AUGACACGCCCAUCAACACGUGCAGUUGGGGAUGCCUUUGAGGCAUUCUCCGCUCGUUUCCUCAACACCGACCUCCGCAUGUCCCUCCGCGUGGUCGGCGGCAAAAGCGACGGCGGUGUCGACCUUCGCGGAGACUGGUGGCUCCCUCUGCGCCUCGUCAGUCGUCCACUUCAAGACUACUCUGUCCAUCUCCCGACCCAGCAGAGGGCCCCCGUGCCACGAGGCUACGGCUAUCCGACACACCAUGCUCGCCGCCUAGCUCAGCUUCACGCCGACGCACUCUUGAAAGCCGAGUUUGUCAAAAUCGUUGCUACGGCGGCUCCAGAGCCCAAGUUUGAGCAUCUGGUGGCCAAAGUCGCCCUCAUUGCUGAAGAAGCGGAUGACGAGUAUAUGGACUUUGCUCUAAACCAUCCAUACAUGGCCACUCCGUCGGUCACGACCUCGGAUGACCCCCCGCCUCCGACGUUUAUCGAACCACCGGGACUGAUCGAAAAGGACGGACACUUGUUGCCAAAUCCGUUCGAGAUCAGCCCUGUUCGUGUUGUGGGGCAGUGCAAAGCCGAGGCCAAAGCCACUGGCCCUAAACACAUCCGCGAGCUUGAAGGUGUGCUGGACGCUCUUAGCAAACCGCGAUAUGAAAUCCCAUUGGAAGGGGAGACGUUGCAGCCCUUACGCGACAACGUACCCAAGGGAGUUGUUGGUGUCUUUGUCUCGCAAUCAGGCUUUACCCCCGGUUCGCUGAAGCAUGCGAGCGCGAGCCAGCAGCCGCUCAUGCUUGUCCAUCUCGACGGCGGACGCGUGGAUGACGAGUUGGUGCACCUGGAUAGCAGACGGCCAGACCCAAACCAAGAACACCUGGCCCCCGGCUGCACGGACGUUGUGUCAAUGUGGUGGAACGCGCCGUUCAACCGCAUCCUGGCCGCACACGACAUGAGCAUCCGGCUCGAGACCAUGGACGCGCCGGCCGCUUCCCGUGCGGGUAUUUAUUAUGGUGACCGGAGAAUGGCUCGCUACGGCCCGCCACCGCCAUGGUAG